CCCGCCGCUGGUUUCGGCGCGAAUCCGCCGCCCGGCCCCGCCGCUCCCGCCGCCGCCGCCGCCCCGAUGCCGGCCCGGGCCGCCCCGCUGCCCCCGGCCCCGCUGCCCGCCGAGCUGCGCCGACGGCUGCAGGACUUGGAGAGGGAUGAAGACAGCCUGAGCGAGAAGCUCCCUGGACCCGGUGAGGUCGUAGUCCCGGUGUCGGCGCUGUCCGUUGUCAUAUGGAAACCGCCGUCACCUCAUAUCAGGAGGGUCCCCGUGAGCUGGGAGUGCGUCAAGGAGAAGCUGAGCCUCAUCCAUGGCUUCCUCCAAGCCGAUGUCCAGAACCAGUUGAGCGAGUUGGAAGCCAAACUCCGCUGCGAGGAGCUGUCGGAGGAGAGAUACCUGGCCAAGGUGAAAGCCCUGCUCCACCAAGAGCUCUCGGCAGAGAAUGGGGACGCGGUGCCGUUGCUGCAGGCUUCCAACGGAUGCUCCAAAAACGGCGCCUACGGGAGCGACGAGGACUCGGAGCGAGCAGGACCCGAUGGGGAAGAAGACAGCGCAAUGGAGAUGGAGGAAGCAGCCGCCUCUUCCUCCUCCUCUUCGUCGGUUCCCACGCUGCGGGCACGCAAGGCCAGGAGGAGCCGAUCCAACGGGGAAAGCAAAAAGUCUCUCGCCAGUUCCCGGGUCACUCGCAGCUCCGGCCGGCAGCCGACCAUCCUGGGCAUGUUCUCCAAAGGGUCUAACAAACGGAAAUCGGAGGAGGUGAACAGGGAAGUGAAGCAGGAGGCGAUGAGCGUGGAGAAGGAGGAAGAGGAGCUGGACGAGAAGGAACAAGAUGAGAAAAGGAUUAAAAUCGAAACCAAAGAAGGGUUGGAUAUAAAAGAUGAAAUUACUCAGGUUAAAACUACACCACCUGCUAAAACCACCCCUCCCAAGUGCAUCGACUGCAGGCAGUACCUCGAUGAUCCCGACCUCAAAUUCUUCCAAGGGGAUCCUGAUGAUGCCCUGGAGGAGCCGGAAAUGCUGACGGAUGAACGCUUGUCCCUCUUUGACGCUAACGAAGACGGCUUUGAGAGCUACGAGGACCUGCCGCAGCACAAAGUCACCUCUUUCAGCGUCUACGACAAGCGAGGUCACUUGUGCCCCUUUGACACCGGCCUGAUAGAGAGGAACAUCGAGUUGUAUUUCAGCGGCGCCGUGAAGCCCAUCUAUGAUGAUAACCCGUGUCUGGACGGUGGGGUGAGAGCCAAGAAGUUGGGACCCAUAAACGCCUGGUGGAUCACGGGGUUCGAUGGAGGGGAGAAGGCUUUGAUCGGCUUCACCACAGCCUUUGCGGAUUACAUCCUGAUGGAGCCCAGCGAGGAGUAUGCUCCCAUCUUCGCCCUCAUGCAAGAAAAGAUCUACAUGAGUAAAAUUGUCGUCGAGUUCCUGCAGAACAACCGCGACGUCAGCUACGAGGAUCUGCUCAACAAAAUCGAGACCACCGUACCUCCCGCGGGGCUGAACUUCAACCGCUUCACAGAGGACUCGCUCCUGCGGCACGCCCAGUUCGUGGUGGAACAGGUAGAAAGCUACGACGAAGCUGGGGACAGCGACGAACCCCCCGUCCUCAUCACGCCCUGCAUGAGGGACUUGAUCAAGCUGGCUGGAGUCACCCUGGGGAAGAGGCGAGCCGUCAGGCGGCAGGCCAUCCGGCACCCCACCAAAAUAGACAAGGACAAGGGUCCCACCAAAGCCACCACCACCAAGCUGGUGUACCUCAUCUUCGACACCUUCUUCUCGGAGCAGAUCGAGAAGGACGAGAAGGAAGAUGACAAGGAGAACGCCAUGAAGCGCCGGCGCUGCGGCGUCUGCGAGGUCUGCCAGCAGCCCGAGUGUGGGAAGUGCAAAGCUUGCCAGAACAUGGUGAAGUUUGGGGGCAGCGGACGGAGUAAGCAGGCUUGUUUGCAGAGGAGGUGUCCCAACCUGGCUGUCCGGGAAGCCGAUGAGGAUGAGGAGGUGGAUGACAACAUCCCCGAGAUGCCAUCGCCCAAGAAGAUGCUGCAGGGGAGGAAGAAGAAGCAGAACAAGAGCCGUAUCUCCUGGGUGGGGGAGCCCAUCAAGAGCGAUGGGAAGAAGGACUACUACCAGAGGGUCUGCAUUGACUCGGAGACCCUGGAGGUGGGAGACUGUGUCUCCGUCAGCCCCGACGAUCCCACCAAGCCCCUCUACCUCGCCAGGGUGACAGCCAUGUGGGAGGACAGCAGUGGCCAGAUGUUCCACGCGCACUGGUUCUGCCCGGGCUCCGACACCGUCCUGGGGGCCACCUCUGACCCCCUGGAGCUCUUCUUGGUGGACGAGUGCGAGGACAUGCAGCUCUCCUACAUCCACGGCAAAGUCAAAGUGAUCUACAAGGCGCCAUCGGAGAAUUGGUCCAUGGAGCAGGGCGGGCUGGACAUGGAGAUCAAGAUGGUGGAAGACGAUGGGAGAACUUACUUCUAUCAGAUGUGGUACGACCAGGAGUACGCUCGGUUUGAAUCCCCACCGAAAACUCAGCCCACGGAAGACAACAAAUACAAGUUCUGCAUGAGCUGCACGCGCCUGGACGAGGUAAGGCACAAGGAGAUACCCAAAGUGGCUGAGCCCCUGGAGGAAGGGGACGGGAAGAUGUUCUACGCCAUGGCCACCAAGAACGGAGUACAGUACAGGGUGGGAGAUGGCGUCUACCUCCUGCCAGAAGCCUUUUCCUUCAGCAUGAAACCCGCUAGCCCAGCCAAGCGCCCCAAAAAGGAGGCGGUGGAUGAGGAACUGUACCCGGAGCACUACCGCAAGUACUCGGAGUACAUCAAGGGCAGCAACCUGGAUGCCCCCGACCCUUACCGCGUGGGCCGCAUCAAAGAGAUCUUCUGCAACAUCCGCAGCAACGGCAAACCCAACGAGGCCGACAUCAAGCUGCGCAUCUGCAAGUUUUACAGACCUGAAAACACGCACAAGUCCAUGAAAGCCAGCUACCACGCGGACAUCAACCUCCUGUACUGGAGCGAUGAGGAAACGACGGUUGAUUUCCGCGCUGUGCAGGGCCGUUGCACAGUGGUGUACGGGGAAGACCUGACGGAGAGCAUCCAGGACUACUCCGCCGGUGGGCUCGACCGCUUCUACUUCUUGGAGGCUUACAAUGCAAAAACCAAGAGCUUUGAAGAUCCUCCCAACCACGCUCGGAGCUCUGGCAAUAAAGGGAAGGGGAAGGGGAAAGGGAAAGGCAAAGGCAAAGGGAAGUCGUCGGUGAGCUGCGAGCAAAGCGAGCAGGAGCCGGUUGAGCUGAAACUGCCCAAGCUGCGGACCUUGGAUGUCUUCUCUGGCUGCGGAGGGCUGUCCGAGGGCUUCCACCAGGCAGGUGUAUCGGAGACGCUCUGGGCCAUCGAGAUGUGGGAACCGGCCGCCCAGGCUUUCCGACUGAACAAUCCCAGCACUACCGUCUUCACGGAGGAUUGCAACGUCCUGCUGAAGCUGGUCAUGUCUGGUGAGAAGACCAACUCACUGGGGCAGAAGCUGCCGCAGAAGGGGGAUGUGGAGAUGCUGUGUGGUGGUCCCCCGUGCCAGGGCUUCAGCGGCAUGAACCGCUUCAACUCCCGCACCUACUCCAAGUUCAAGAACUCCCUGGUGGUCUCCUUCCUCAGUUACUGCGACUACUACAGACCGCGGUUCUUCCUUCUGGAGAACGUCAGGAACUUUGUGUCCUUCAAGCGUUCCAUGGUGCUGAAGCUCACCUUGCGUUGCCUCGUCCGUAUGGGUUACCAGUGCACCUUUGGGGUCCUACAGGCUGGCCAGUACGGUGUGGCCCAGACACGGCGGAGAGCCAUCGUCCUUGCCGCGGCUCCCGGCGAGAAGCUGCCCAUGUUCCCUGAGCCCUUGCACGUGUUUGCACCCCGUGCCUGUCAGCUCAGCGUCGUGGUGGACGACAAGAAGUUCGUUAGCAAUAUCACCCGGACGUAUUCCGGCCCCUUCCGCACCAUCACAGUGCGGGACACCAUGUCUGACCUUCCGGAGAUCAGGAACGGUGCCUCUGCCCUGGAGAUCUCCUACAACGGGGAGCCCCAGUCCUGGUUCCAGCGGCAGAUCCGGGGUUCCCAGUAUCAGCCCAUCCUCAGGGACCAUAUCUGCAAGGACAUGAGUGCCUUGGUCGCAGCCCGGAUGAGACACAUCCCCUUGGCCCCCGGUUCCGAUUGGCGCGACCUGCCCAACAUCGAGGUGCGGCUGUCGGACGGCACGACCACGCGCAAGCUGCGGUACACGCACCACGAGAAGAAAAACGGCCGCAGCAGCUCCGGGGCAUUACGAGGGGUCUGCUCCUGCGUUGAAGGUAGGUGCUGGCUCCCCGAAAAUCAUCUGUGGCUGCCUCUCCGUCCCCUCUUCACCUUCUCCAUCUCCCUAGGCAAACCCUGCGACCCCGCGGACCGGCAAUUCAACACCCUCAUCCCCUGGUGCCUGCCCCACACCGGCAACCGGCACAACCACUGGGCCGGGCUUUACGGCCGUCUGGAGUGGGACGGCUUCUUCAGCACCACCGUCACCAACCCUGAGCCCAUGGGCAAGCAGGGUCGGGUGCUGCACCCGGAGCAGCACCGGGUGGUGAGCGUGAGGGAGUGCGCCCGCUCCCAGGGCUUCCCUGAUACCUAUCGCCUCUUCGGGAACAUCCUCGACAAGCACAGACAGGUCGGUAACGCAGUGCCUCCUCCUCUAGCCAAAGCCAUCGGGCUGGAGAUCAAGUCGUGUGUGUUGGCGAAGUUGAGAGAAGACAUGGCGGAGACCAGCGCCCUGGAGAAGAUGGAGACCAUGGAAACCGCCGACUGAUGCGCGGCCUCUCCUUUGGCACCAGGACUCCCAAACAUGCACUGAUUUAUUUUAACCCUUUUUUUGUUUGUUUUAUUUGAUUUUUGGUUUUUUUUUUUUUUUGUUUUGUUUUGGUUUUGUUUUUUUUUUUAAAUUCCCGGCCUGUGGGGAUCCCCUGUGGCCUGUCCUCCUCCCCCCCCCAGCCCCACUCGUGUCUGUCUCCCGGCUUCCCUCUGCCGCUGUCUGUGAUGGUCGAAUUCCACUACCGCCCCGGGAACCCCCCCCCGGCCCCUGGCAGAGCUCUGUGGGACCCCCCAGUCCUGGCCCUGCCCUGGGGCCCCGCUCCCUGUUUUUACGCCGCAUUGUAUUGAAAAUAAUAGGCCGCUUUGUACAAGUGGGAAUUGAUACUUUAUGUAGUUUUUAUAUGUUGUAAUAUUUCUUCAAAUAAAUCUCUCCUAUAAAUUAUAAA